AUGGGAAGACCACCUUGUUGUGACAAAGAAGGGGUCAAGAAAGGGCCUUGGACUCCUGAAGAAGACAUCAUAUUGGUGUCUUAUAUACAGGAACAUGGUCCUGGCAAUUGGAGGGCAGUUCCUACCAAGACAGGGUUGUCAAGAUGCAGUAAGAGCUGUAGACUUAGAUGGACGAAUUACCUAAGGCCAGGAAUAAGACGUGGUAACUUUACAGAACAAGAGGAGAAGAUGAUAAUCCACCUUCAAGAUCUUCUAGGAAACAGAUGGGCUGCAAUAGCUUCAUACCUUCCACAGAGAACAGAUAAUGACAUAAAGAACUAUUGGAACACCCAUUUAAGAAAGAAGCUGAAGAAGUUGCAAACAGAUUGUGAAGGUAGCUCGGGGGAAGGGUUUGCAGCCUCAAGGCAAAUUCCUAGAGGCCAGUGGGAAAGAAGGCUCCAAACUGAUAUCCAAAUGGCAAAGAAAGCUCUCAGUGAAGCUCUCUCCCCAGAGAAGGCAUCUUGUUUGUCUGCAUCAAACUCAAACCCUUCAGACAGUAGCAGUUCCUUCUCUUCCACCAAACCAGCUCAAUCUUUAUGCUAUGCUUCAAGUGCUGAGAACAUAGCUCGCAUGUUGAAGGGGUGGAUGAAAAACCCACCAAAAUCCUCACGAACUAACUCAUCUGUGACUCAGAACUCCUUCAACAACUUAGCAGCAGCAGGUGCUGAUACUGCUUCUAGUGGAGCAAAGGGACCGAGCAGUGUUGAAUUGUCCGAGAAUUUUGAAUCCCUGUUUGAGUUUGAUCAGUCUUUGGAGUCCUCAAACUCUGAUCAGUUCUCUCAGUCCGUCUCUCCUGAGGCCACUGUUUUGCAAGAUGAAAACAAGCCUGAUAUUGGUGCUGAGAUAAUGCCCUUCUCUAUGCUUGAGAAAUGGCUUCUUGAUGAGGCUUCUUGCCAAGAGAAAGUUGGUUGUGGAGAUGCCAAGUUUUUCUAA